AUGUCUGCAACAACGUCACCGUUCGUCGACCUCCGCCCAACGUAUGGGGCUAUCUUCAUUGGGCUCCUGUUUUCUGUUGGUCUCCUAGGCAUCACGACCUCUCAAGUAUGGCGGUACUACAAUAACUUUCCCAAGGAUCCUCUGUACCUUAAAGGCAUUGUCGCCAUACUCGAUCUGGAAUUCAUUAAACAACCGUUCAGGAUAUUGGAGCUUCUCCGAGUGGCUUUUGCCGGGGACGGGGUGUACUAUUAUCUUGUCUUGAACUGGGGCAACCCUGUCGCACUCAUUACUCUCGUUUGGACCUCUCAGGUCAACUUAAUCUUAUCGCCCCUGGUUGAACUCGCCGUACGCCUGUACUUCUCGUACCGUGUCUGGAUAAUCAGCCGUAAGAGUUGGAUAAUGACCACAAUUAUUGUUCUUCUGGCAUUGGGCCAUUUCGCCAUGGGAGCCGGCGCGUGGAUUAUGUCCUUCCGCAACCCGAAAGUCACGGACUACACUCCGCUGCUCCACUCAUUCGGUACCGCAGGGCUGUCCCUCGCGAUGGCCGCCGAUUGGACAAUCUCCCUGUCGCUCAUCUACUGGCUUAAUAGGAGUCGUUCUGGAUUGGCUAGGACGAAUUCAAUCAUCAACUACAUCGUGUUCUACACGGUCAACAUGGGUUUGAUCACGAGGUAA